CUUAUUUCUGGUGCAGGUCGUGUUGAAUUUCUCGUAUCCCUCUUGAGACAUCGAAAGGAGAGCUGCAUCUCGUCACACCACCUGACGAUCGUCACUAGAGAAGAAAAGCAAAAAACGUCGAGCUGCGCGCCGUUGGGAGGUCACUUCAGCCUUGGCCGGUGUAAUCUCCGAGGUAGCCAGCAAGCAGGAUCUGGAAUACACUCCAGUCUGUGAAAUACUCCAAGAUCGAGCGACACGUAGAAUCAUGCCUGGCAGAACAUUGGUCGUGUUGGGCUCCGGCCCAGGUAUCGGAGUCGCAGUCGCGCAGGCAUUCUCAGUGCGGGGCUUCACCCACAUCGCGCUGGUCUCGCGCAAUGCAGAGCGGCUGAAAGAAGACCAAGACAAAGUGCUUGACAGCAUCCAGGAGCGUGGCUACAGCUGCCAGGUGAAAACAUGGGCCUGCGAUAUCUCGGACCUUGAUGCCUUGAAGAAGACGCUGGGUGAGAUUGAAGGGUAUGGAGAGCUCGAGUGCGUGCUGUUCAACGCCGCGAGAGUGGCAGGCAAGCCGCCACUCGAGGAGGAUGUCAGUGCCAUCGAGCAGGAUUUCCGGCUCACGAAUCUCGCGUUGUACGAGACAGCGCUGUGGGCCAUUCCCAAGCUGCAACAAGUCAAGGCUGAAGACCGCUCGCCGUCCUUUUUCGUGACGUCGACCACGCAGCUGUGGAAAGAGCCCGUGUACGAUCUGGUGUCGCUGUCCAUGGUGAAGUCUGCUCAGCGCGCCCUCGUGCUGUCGUUGCACAACAAGUAUGGCGAAGAUGUGCACGUGGCGCUGCUCAGUGUUGGCGGCGUGGUGUCGCCCGACGCGAAGAAUUUGAGUCCAGACAACAUCGCCAACAAAGCCUGGCUGCUGUACAAGCAACCCAGAGGCAAGUGGGAGAGGGAGCAGCCGAUUGAUGAAUAGACAGCAAGAACAUUGGCAUUUCAACAUUCCUCCGCUUGCUUCUUGUCUCCUC